UUAUUCGUAAGUUUAUAGUUUAGAGAGUGUGUGAGUUCGUCCGUAGAAAAAAGAAAAAAAAAUGUUUAAACCGAAAUUGUGAAAAACUAGUGUCCCAAACAGGAGUGUCCUAUCUGCUCCCCCUGCUGCUGCUUUGGUUGGUGUUAGUUAACUGUCGACGAGUGAAGAAGAAAUGGCUACUGCUCUGCUUUCUUCUCCAUCCUCUCACCUUCUACGCUCCACUUCUUCUUCUUCUUCUUCACCAACCUUCUUGUCUUCAUCUCCUCGCACAUGGCAUAUUCGGAUACCCAACAGUAACUCAUUUGCUGCAACUACUCGAACGGAUACAAAGAAAAGGAGAAAUUUGGUAUGUGCAGUCAAUAAAGGUGCCGAGGAUGCAUUUAAAAAGACGGUGGAAGUUGAUAGGCUUAUAGACAUGUUGAAAAGCGCAAGUGAUCACGAACUUCAAAAACUUGUGGUGGAAAACAUUCUUGCUUUCAAUGAAGGUUUUUGGAUACGACUUGCAGCUAGAACAGACACCUGCAAAUCAGAUGAUGAUAAACAAGAUCUAGAAGAAUUGGCUUCAUCUAUCAUGACCAUAGUUGACCGUGUCGUACACAAGACCAAUGAAAAAAUAGAGUCAGCUACCGACGUUCUCAAGGGAAUAUUAAGUCCUGUUGUCAGUGAAGAAGAAGAGAUUUGUUGGCCUCCUCGGGAUCUAAACGCCCUCCGCCUCAUGGAAAAAGAAGUAAGCCAAAGGGAGCAAGAAGGCCAAUUGGACGAGGGAUUCCUAGCAGAAGUCAGUGCACAACUACGGCAGGCGAAGGAAGAUAAAGACAAACCAGGUCUUGAGGCAAUGCUACAAAAAGUUUUGCAACUGUAUGCAUCAAGAGUCCUCUCAAAACGUAGUUAUGCCAUGAAAGGGAAUGAAGUUUUAAAAGCCGAACAAUGUCUUGAAGAAAUUAUCAAAGCUCCAGAAUCCGAUUGGAACAAGGUGUUGAUAGAUCAUUUGAGUGUUGGCAAAGGGGACGUCUCACCAGAUGAACUGUAUGCUGCUAUAAAGAAACGAAUAGAAAGAACACUCAUUCGAACGGAGGGAGGUUCUUAUCAGCAGCGUAUCACCGUCGAGUUCUUAAAAGGCAUUCAAUCAAGAACAGAGGAGAUAGCCCAGGUGCUCCAAGGCAAGCCAUAAAAUGUUUUGAGGCUUUUUUAAAUGUAUAAUUUAAAGUUCUAAACAUCAUGAGUUUGAAUUUUACAAGGAUGACAAAUUCAACUUUUUGGGCAUAUUUUUUUUUCUAUUUGUUUAUAAAAAAUAAUGUAUAAAAAGCAGGAAAAAGACAUGAUCCUUAUUAAAUA